AUGGCGCUCGCAUGGAAGCAGCCAUUCUGGCUGGCUGUUUUUCUCUUCUCAAUCUUUGCGUCUCUGGUCUUUGCCAGCAAACAAUGCGAGUACUCACGAUACGAACAUAAGCAUCGAGUCUUUGUCCUCACCGACAUGAGUAACGAGCCAGACGAUCAGAUGAGCCUUGUCCGUUUUCUUACCUACGCAAAUGAGUUAGACAUUCAAGGUAUUGCGGCGAUAACUUCGACUUGGCUGCGAAACCGUACGGACGCAGAUACUGUCCAGGAGGUCAUCCGGGGAUACGGAGAAGUUGUCGGCAAUCUCAAUAGUAACGUUGGUGCCGACGCUGCUUAUCCUUUGGCCGAGGACCUUCUGGGCAAGGUAUCCAGUGGCCACCCGGUGUACGGGCUUGCGUCUCUCGGCCAAAACAACUUGAGCAGCGCAGCCGUCGCCCUUGUCCAAGCCGCAGAUGAAUCGAGUGACACAGAUCCGCUGUGGGUGUCAGUGUGGGGCGGAGCAGCUGUACUGGCUGAAGCCCUUCAACACGUUUCGUCAACGCGCGAUGCUGAUGCUGUCAGCAAAUUCGUUGACAAUCUCCGGGUAUACUCAAUUUCAGACCAAGAUGACGCCGGACCUUGGAUUCGCGAUCGGUUCCCCAACUUGUUCUAUAUUGUCUCUCUUCAUGGCUGGAGUGAAUACACGCAACCGACUUGGAUUGGCAUUUCAGGAGAAGAGUAUCGCCACUUUGAUAAAGGCGGUCCGAACACGGAGAUUGUCUCCAACGAUUGGUUGCAAAAGCACAUCCGCAUCGGACUUCUGGGUUCGCACUACCUCAACUGGACCUUCAUCAUGGAGGGUGACACCCCGGCCUUCUUGUCUCUCGUUCAGAAUGGACUCGGAGAUAUUGACAAUCCUCAAUGGGGUGGAUGGGGCGGCCGGUACACAUUACUGGACGCAUCUGCAGCCGGUGGUGGCCGCAGGUUGUAUACCGAUAGUUCGGAUUAUGUUCGUGGCGCGAAUGGGGAGGCGUUCUCAAGCAAAUACGCGACUAUUUGGCGAUGGAGAGAGGAUUUCCAGCACGAUUUUGCUUCCCGGAUGCAGUGGACCGUCAACCGAAAUUUUGGCGAAAAUUACCAUCCGCCGAUCGCUGUGGUCAAUGGCUCUUGUGGGCCGUCAAGUCUCAAAGUUGGGUACCAGUUUGGUGAAAGCCUGGUCUUUGAUGCGGCCGAGAGCUGGGAUCCAGACUCUGAUAUGUUGUCGUUCGAAUGGUUCCAUUAUCGCGAAGCGAGUGGCAGGGACUUGGAAGGUUUUACUAUCCCCUUGGUCAGCCAGAAUAUGGAUAUCGCAAACUUGACUGCCGAUAGCAGCGUCGUGAGGGUUGAACCACUCAAGAACCAGGCAUGUCUUCAUCUGUCCUAUGAUAUUACGAAUUCUUUGAUGAUAAAUGCACUUUGA